AUGACAUUGAAUACUUCGUCCACAUCCGGUUCAUCAUCAUCAGCUUCGCAUAAUAACAAGCAUAACGAUUCGGAAGUUGAUGAAGAUUUGGAAACAUCAACUGCCUCGCAAGCAGAUGUGAAUUCAAAUGAGCCCACUGACCAUUCUAGUGGAAAAAGGCUCAUCAUCCAAAAGAUGGUUCUCAAGAAUUUCAAAUCAUAUGCUGGUAAAAGAGAGAUUGGUCCCUUUGAUAAGAGCUUCACUUGUGUUGUUGGACCAAACGGAUCCGGAAAAUCCAAUGUAAUUGAUGCCAUUCAAUUCGUAUUUGGAAAAAAGGGCAAAAAAUUGAGACUGAAAAAGCUGUCAGAAUUAAUUCACAGCUCAAAGAAUUAUCCAAAUCUUGAAGAGGCCAGCGUUUCGGUACAUUUUGCAGAGAUUUUUGUCAGAAAUGAUAAUUCAAAUCAUGAAAUUGUUCCCGAUUCAGAAUUUAUUGUAAAAAGAACGGUCAAUAGGAAUAGUGUUUCGACAUAUUACAUAGAUAGUGGGAAAAGCUCAUACACAGAGGUAACAAAUCUUCUUAAAUCAAAAGGAAUUGAUUUGGAAAAUAAUAGAUUUUUAAUUCUUCAAGGAGAGGUUGAGCAAAUUUCUCUCAUGAAACCAAAAGCUCCAUCAGAAAAUGAAGAUGGUUUACUUGAAUAUAUUGAGGAUAUUAUUGGAACAAACAAAUACGUAGAGAAGAUUGAAAAAUCAUUGGUGGAGGUGGAACAAUUGAACGAAAAGCGACAAGAAAAACUGAAUCGAGUGAACGGAGCCAAGAAAGAGAAGGAGGCUUUGGAAGGCCCCAUGAAUGAAGCAAUCAAGUAUUUGAAGAAGAAACGGGACCUUGUUGAAAAGUAUCACUUGCUUGCUCAGAAGCAACUUUAUGAUUCCUCUCAACGAUUGACACAAAAACAAGACGAGAAUACCAAAUUAAAGGCACAACACGAACUCGAGAAGGAAAAACUUUCGCAGGUCAGUGCAGAAAUUUCCAAGAAAGAAGAACUCUAUAAGAAUUGCAAAAAGGAGCAAGACACAAUUUCUAAAAAACUACAAAAGCAGAAAAGCAAGUUUACCGAGUUUGAAAAUAAGGACGAAAAAUUGAAAGAGGAUUUAAAAAUCACGAAAAAUAGAAAACAACAGUUGGAGAAGAGUCUCAAGUCAGGUGAUAGCAAAAAGGAUGACUUGCAGCACAAGAUCGAUGAAUGUCUCAGCACUGAGGAUAGUCUCAAGCGCGAACUUUCAAAGCUCACACCAGAUCUAGAGAAAGCUACUCAAAAAGUAGACGAAAUAUAUCAACAAUGCCAAAAAGAAAUAAGCACAUUGUCACAACAGAAAGAGGAGAAAAACAAGCAACUUGCUCCGUUUAAACAGAGAGAAAAUGAAAUUAAGGAGAAAAUAUCAUUGGCUGAGUCAGAGAUCAAGUUGGUACAAGAGAAAAAAGACAGCACCAAAAAGGAAUACGAGAGAAAGAAAUCAGAGCUUGAAAAGCUCAACAAUCAACUCACGACAAAAAAGGAAGAAAUCACAAAAAACAAAAAGAUACAAGCUAACAAUAUCAAUAGGAUAAAGGAAGAAAGAGAACGGUUAACCAGUCUCGAAAAUGGCAUGGGCGAUAUGGAGAAACAAGUCAUUGUGCUGAGACAGCGUUACUCAACUUUGAAAACCGAUCAACAAAACAGCAUUUCACAGAAUAGAAUUGUUCAAGCUUUACUUAAUGAAUCUAACAUUGCAGACGUGUACGGUAGAUUGGGAGAUUUGGGAACCAUUGAUCCCAAGUAUGACAUUGCAAUUUCUAUGGCGUGUGGUUUUUUGAAUAGCAUUGUUGUUGAGACUACCGAUGCAGCAACAAAAUGCGUUGACUAUUUGAAAGAGCAUUCAUUAGGUGUUGCUACAUUUAUUAUUCUUGAAAAGAUCAGUCCUCCUCAAACACUUCCUGAAAAUUCCAUUCCUGAAAAAGUACCCCGUCUCUAUGACCUCAUUACUCCAAACGAAGAAAAAUUCAGAAAGGCCUUUUAUUAUGGUGUACAAAACACCCUUGUAGCAAAUGAUCUAGAACAGGCCACCAGAAUUGCUUACAACAAGCAAAAGAGAUGGAGAGUGGUCUCACUUAAGGGUGAUCUUAUCGAAGAAUAUGGUACAAUGAGCGGUGGUGGUAAAACCAUCGUUAAGGGGCUCAUGACACUUUCAGGAAAUGCAAAGAAAAUUGUUAGAAUAUCAGAAAAGGAGAUUAGCGAAGCCAAGUCUAAUUUAGAAAUGGCAGAACACGACUAUUUGCAACAACAGUACAAACGACAAAGUAUUUCUCAAGAGCUCAAAAGACUGGAAGCAGAGAAUUCUAACAUUGAAAUGCGCUUAAAAGAAAUUUCUCUUGACAUUGAAUCCAUUGAAAAAACAGCUACUGAUCUACAAAACCAAAUGAAAAACAUGGAAAAAGAUCUUAAAAAAGAGCCCAGCAAGGAAUAUGAAGACCGAUUGACAGACUUGAACAACGAAUUAGAGGAAUAUAAAAAAGAGUUGGAAGAUCAUCGAAGAAAAUUCAAAUCCUUAGAGGCUGACAUGGAAAAGCUUGUUCUUCAAAUUGAGAACGUUGGAGAUGGUAAACUUAAAAAGCAAAAGGAUCUCGUAAAAGAGCUUAACAACAAAAUUGACGAGGCCAAUUUAAAGCUCAGCAAGGUCCAAGUUCAAAGAGAGUCGCAUGAGAAGAGUCUUAAAAAGCUUGAGAAGCAGCUAAAAUCUGAACAAGAAGAGUUUGACAAUAUCGGAAAGAAAAUAGAGGAUAUUGAAGCCAAGAAAAAACUCAUUGAAGAAGAGGCUGCUCCCAUCAUGAUGGAAAUUUCUGAGCUUGAAGUCCAGCUGAAAGAAAAAGAGACUGAAACCACACAAAAAGAAAGUGAGUGUGAACAAGUACGAAAGCAGUUUGCCAAGGCCAGAGAAAAAGAACUUGAACUUAAAAAUUCAUUGGAUGACUGUAUCAAAGAAGUCAAAGAGAUUGAGAGGUUGGUCACUAAAAGGCGAGAGGAGAUGGAAAAACAUGAAAAGACGUAUGACUCAGAAUUUGAGGUUCUUUUCGAACUGGAAAGCGCUGAACAACAAGAAUCUGGAAAGAAGAGAGUAAAGAAAACAUCCAAUGGGCAAGAGGACGAGAUGGACACCUCUGACGAUGAAAAGGCCAACGACCAAGAAGAUGACAAUGUGAUGCAAGAUGAGGAGGAUGAUAUGGGUAAAAGCUUUAGCGUUCGACUGGCACGAAAGAAAAAGCAAGCAAUUCAACAGGUGAACAUUCAAACAUUGAAUUAUGAUAUUACCAUUCUCGUUUCAGAGUUGGAGAAAAUGAAACCAAAUCUUUCUGCCAUUGAAGAUUACAAAAAGAAAGAAGAGGAUUAUAAGGUCAAAGUUAAAGACCUUGAGCAAAUUACUAUUGAGAGAAAUAAGGCUCAGAAAUUGUAUGAAGAGUUACGAAGAAAACGUUUAGAUGAGUUUAUGAGAGGAUUCACUUCCAUCACAAUGAAACUGAAAGAAAUUUAUCAGACCAUUACCUUGGGAGGUGACGCUGAAUUGGAACUUGUUGACAGCUUGGAUCCAUUUUCAGAAGGAAUUGUCUUCUCUGUUAGACCUCCAAGAAAGAGCUGGAAGAACAUUUCAAAUUUAUCUGGAGGUGAGAAAACCCUAUCUUCGCUUGCGUUAGUAUUUGCUUUGCACCACUACAAACCAACUCCAAUUUAUGUCAUGGAUGAAAUUGAUGCAGCUCUGGAUUUUAGAAACGUCUCUAUUGUUGCAAACUAUGUGAAGGAGCGAACAAAAAACGAUGCUCAGUUUUUGAUUAUUAGUUUGAGAAACAAUAUGUUUGAAUUAGCAAAUACUCUUGUUGGUAUUUACAAAACGAGCGACGUCACAAAGACUGUAACCAUCAAUCCUUCCUUAUUAUCUGUGCCGAAAGCAAGUACUGAACAAAAAUAA